GGCAUUGUGCACGGCAUCGCAGGGCCCGGUGGCAUCCUUGGCGUGCUACCAGCGGUGGGGCUGCACGACACGGUCAAGUCGUGCACAUACCUGGGCUCCUUUUGUAUCACGUCCAUCGCGACGAUGGGCAUUUUCGCCGCGGUGUACGGUGAAGCUACGGGCCGGCUUGGCGAACGUUCGGAGCUGCUGGCCUUCCGCAUAUCUAUCUUCUCGUCCAUGCUCUCGGUAAUCGUGGGUGUUCUCUGGUUAGUGCUAGCUGCCAUCGGCAAGCUUCAGGAGGUCUUCGGCUGA